AUGCCUCCAAAAGAAAAGCUCAAGGUCAAGAAGAAUUCUUUGAAGAAGAAUCAUUUGAAGAAGAGUCGCGUGAUUUUACCGCAUAUGGUUACACAAGUAGCUCAACAGAUGCCUCCACUAGGCAAGACGAAUGAAAUGCAUCAUUCUGAUCCAGUUUUAAGGAUGAUGCCGACACCGGGUUUUAGUUAUGUUGCUUGGCUGCCUGAGCAUGAUUAUCAGAUUAAGAAAAUCUUUGAAUCCAAAGGUUCGAGGCAUCUUUCUGAGAUGUACAUGGAAGCGAGGAACAAGCGUGAACGCCCAUCUUGGAUAGGUGAGGAUGCUUGGAAAAAGCUUGAUAUUGAGUGGAAGAAGCCAGCCUAUAAAGCGAUAUCACAGCGAAAUAAGAAAAAUCGUAAUUCUGCUAAAGGUGGGUCUGUCCAUACUGGCGGAUCCAUAACUUUCACCGAGCAUACCUUACGGAUGGCUGAAGAGUUGGGUAGAGAACCCACAGUGGACAAGGUCUUUUUAAGAACUGACAUUCGUAAGAAGGACUCAACUUGGGUUGAUCUUAGAUCUCAAAACACUUAUGGUAGUUUCUGA